AUGGCGAUCGUGCUGACACUGGCACAGGCAGUGGUGCAAGUCUUGUCAGAAAGGAUACUUCUACUCCUGGUGACGGAGGGAAACUUGGUCAUGGGAGCCCGUCGAGAGUUUAAAUCAAUCGGGGAUGAGUUAGAAAGUAUGAAAUCCUUUCUUAGAGAUGCAGACAGAAGAAGUGCAACCGAACGUGAAGUUGAAACAUGGAUAGAACAAGUGAGAGAUGCAGCUUACAAUGUUGAAGACAUCAUUGAUGAAUUUUUGUAUCGCAUGGAUAGCCAGUUUAGUAGGGGAAACCUAACUGGAUAUGUCAAUCAAGUUGUGAAAUUCCCAAAGAACUCUUGGGUGAAGCAUAAAAUGGCCUCCAGGUUAGAAGAAAUUAAAGCUGAUAUCAAAGCAAUUAAUGACAGACACCAAAGAUACAAUUUUCGUCACGAAGAGGAACAAGAGGAAAGGUUUCAAUGGCUUGGAAAGUCACCACCUUCUGCUGAAAAUGAUGUUGUGGGAAUGGACGGAUAUGAGGAGACAUUGUUAUAUUGGUUGCAAAGUGAGGAACGGCGAGACUUGAUGAUUUCAGUGUGGGGAAUGGGAGGUUCCGGUAAAACUACAAUUGUGGCCAAGGUUUACAAUAACAAAGCAGUGAAAAAAUAUUUCCAGUGCUCUGCUUGGAUCACCCUCUCCCAGGAAUUUGUAGUCGAGAAUCUUUUCAAGUCCAUGAUCAAAGAGUUCUACAGGGCAGGGAAGGAUUUGGUUCCAACUGACAUAGAUAAAAUGGACUACAAUGGGCUGGUGAGGACAAUUCAGGAGUACUUGCAGCAAAAGAGAUAUGUAAUUGUCCUAGAUGAUGUUUGGAGUCUUAACUUUUAUCGUUGGAGACAAAUAAAAGAUGCAAUUCCUUCAACAAGUAAUGGAAGUGCAAUAAUGCUUACAACUCGGAUGAAGGAAGUUGCUUGUCUUUCUUUUGGAAUUCCAAACAGUAUUCACCACAUUCUCCACAUUGAACCUCUUCCGGAGAACAAGGCUUGGGAACUGUUCUGUAGAAGGGCAUUCACAAAUGUUCCUAAUCAACGUUGUCCUCCACUGCUUGAGCCCACAGCUCAAAACCUUGUAAAAAGCUGUAAAGGAUUACCUCUCACAAUUGUGGUUCUGGGUUAUCUCAUGUUAUCCAAGGAAAAGACAGAGUUAGAAUGGAAGAAAGUUUGUCAGAACCCUAAUUGGGAACUAAGCAACAACCCUAGGUUGGAACGCGAAAAAAACAUCUUGCUGCUUAGUUUUCAUGAUUUACCAUACCACCUUAAGCAUUGUUUCAAAUACUGUUGUGUUUUCCCUGAAGAUUACUUGAUUAAAAGAAAAAGGCUUAUUAGGCUAUGGAUAGCAGAAGGGUUUGUGGAAAAGAUUAAAGACAAGACUCUUGAGGAGGUAGCAGACACUUACCUUGAGGAGCUAGUUUGUCGAAGCAUGCUUCAAGUUGUAAAGAAGAACCAUUUUGGAAGAGCGAAAAGCGUUCGAUUGCACGAUCUUAUGCGUGAGCUAGGCCUUUCUAUAUCUAAAGGAGAGAAGUUUUGUGUGUCAUAUAACAGGGGAGAGGGAGAAGAAGUGGCCAAUGCACGUCGCUUAGCAAUGCACAAAUGUGACGAAGACAUUCCACAAUGUUUUGAUAGGUCAAAGCUCCGCUCGUUCUUUGUAUUUGCUACAGAAACAACUAUGUCAAGCCAGUCAUAUGAAUUGCCAAAGAAGUUCAUGUUUCUAAGAGUCUUGGAUCUGCAAGGUGUCCCUAUUACAAUAUUACCAGAUGAAAUAGGGGAAUUGUUCAGUCUAAGAUGUCUGCGAUACCAAGGUAGAGGAACUCCCAACAAGUGCAGUGAAUUUGCAUAG